GUUCGUGAGAAUGUCGCAAGACCUCGGGAAUUUGAACACAUUUUGGUCCCUAUUCGUCGUAUGACGCAUAGGGCUAUAUUUCUAGAUCCCAAAGGACAGGAGCGCGUCAGAAUGCAGGUAUAUCCUUGAAGAGUACCACCAUGAGAGUACUGGGUGUCCAAGUCGUCGCUUUCUUCUUCCUCCAAGGGAUUCCAUGGGGACAAUUCCAAGAGUUUUUCACAGAUCCCCUUUGUCCCCAGGAUGCCUGCUUCAUCCCUGAUUGCAACUGUCCUUCUUCCUAUCCUCCUGAUGGCCUCCCCGUCGACCGAACCCCUCAGUUCAUAGUCCUGUCAUUUGAUGACGCAGUGACGGAUGUGACGUACCCUUUGUACAAGGAACUGCUAUUCCAAGAUGGCACCCCGUCAAAACUUAACCCGAAUGGAUGCGGCAUUGGAACGACUUUCUUCCUCUCUCACGAAUUUUCCAAUUAUCAGCACGUUCACGAUCUUCAUUUGAGGGGUUAUGAAAUCGCCUCCCAUUCCAUAAGCCAUCGAACACCAGUGACGCAUUGGGAGGAUCUUCCGGCGGCCGAUGUGGCAUUGGAGAUGGAUGGGCUGCGACAAAUCGUUGCCAAGUUCGCCAACUUCAAUGGCUCUUACAUCAAGGGUGCUCGAGUACCUUUCCUUCAGACAUCUGGAGAUGAAUACUACCAAGCUCUGGUCGAAAAUAACUUCAUUUACGAUGCAUCUCGACCGACUCGCACUCUCAUGGACCAAGGACUCUGGCCGUUCACUUAUGAAGUAGACUACAGCGAAUCUGAAUUCCUUGACUGUCAGAUCGAACCGUGUGCUAAGGGACCUUUCCCAAAAUUCUGGCAAGUCCCGAUCGUGGAUUUAGUAGAUACGAAUGGAACGGAGUGUGCCAUGCUCGAUCAGUGCGACAACAGACCAGAGACCUACGAUCAGGCUAUAGAAUUGCUGAGGAAUAAUUUCCGGAGAAUGUAUGAAGAAAGCGCCGGUAGGUCCCCACUCGGGCUCUAUACCCACGCAUCCUGGUUCUUGGGCGAAUGGACACAUAAUUUUGCUGCACUCAAUGAUUUCCUGGAUGAAGUCCUCACGAAUUACGACGACGUGUGGGUCGUGAGUGUGGGGGAACUGAUCAAAUGGAUGCAGGAACCACUGCCUAAUGAUAUCAUGACGUCCUUAGAUUGCGAUGAUCCCCCGCCAGCAACGGACUGCGCGGGUUUAUUUUGCGGGCCCUACUUUUUAGACGGUGAAGAACGUAACUUUGUCUCCUGCGUCGCGUGUCCUCGCGAGUAUCCCUGGGUUGGCAAUCCUGAUGGACAAUAAACUGAUCAGCUCAG